GACGGGAGGGAGGUGUGGGCAGAACACCGGUGAAAGCUCCGGUUGGGGCGCGAGGAAUCCAUAACUUGGGGGGUGCAGCGACUGCGUGUGGGGGAGCACGAAAAGGAAAAGGAGGCACCGGUUCUGGAGGCGGAUGAUCACGACAACGACGACAACGACGGAGAGGGUGGGGAGGAAGAUGAAGGCCACGUUUCGCCGUUGAGGCAAGACAACAUGAGAGGCAGUGGCGAGAAGACAAAGGCGUCUGCCUGUAAUGGUCAUCGGUGCAAAAAAGUGGUGGGUAAGGGGAGCGAUGCCGAGGGGGACGGUGACGCGGAAGGAGGUCGACACUUCUGGUCCGUCGACCACAUUGUAGCCCUCAUCAGGGCUAAAUGUGACCAGGAUGCGCACAUGCAGGGGAUAGGUCAUGCCUACGCUCGGAUGAAGCGGCAAGAAUGGAAGUGGUUAGAUGUGGUGCAAAGGUUGAAGAAGGUGAGCGUCGACAGUGAUGCAGAUAAGUGCGGGAAGAAGUGGGACAAUUUGAUCCAGCAGUUCAAGAAGGUGCAUCACUUCAAUGGCUUAUCCGAGAAACAGGACUUCUUCCAAUUGUCGGCGAAGGAGAGGACGUCCGAGGGCUUCAAUUUGAACAUGGACCAGUGCGGUUUACGACGAGAUAGUGGGGUCCAUGACAGAAGAACCAUACCAUACACCCAAAGAACGUCGCCGACACCGGUGCUUCGGGUGGUGUGCGCCUGCCGUCCACCUCUUCUGCGGAUCCCAAAUCUGUGGGCGAUGGGGACGCUGGUGCAGGGCAGGACGACGACGAUGACAGGUCGACGAAAGGUUCUUCUCAAACGACGGGUAGCCCAGGCGGUUUCGGGAAGAGGAAGAGCACGAGGCAGCAAACUUUUGAAGCGAUGACAGAAUGCAUGGAGAAGCACGGGGUGCUAAUGGUGUCGAUGAUGGAGAGCCCCAGCAAGCGCCAAUGCU